UUUCUGAAGCCACAUCUGAUUGCAAUGCUGUCAUCCAGAAGGAAUCGGCAGCUAUUCGUACUAGUUUUAAGGAAGAAAAUAAUGACGCUCGUCAUUCGAAUGUGGCUAAAUUACUUUAUAUACACAUGCUGGGUUAUCCAGCCCACUUUGGCCAAAUCGAAUGCUUAAAAUUAGUAGCAUCAAAUCGAUUUGCGGAUAAAAGACUGGGUUAUCUAGGAAUCAUGCUUUUAUUGGAUGAAAACCAAGAAGUGCUAACCGAUAUGAACCAUUCCAAUAUGUAUAUUGUUGGUUUAGCAUUAUGCACUUUAGGAAAUAUAUCGUCUCCUGAAAUGGCGCGUGAUUUAUGUGCAGAAGUUGAAAAACUACUAGGCAGUUCCAAUGCAUAUAUCCGGAAAAAGGUUAAAAUCUUGAGGCUCUUGCGAAUUCUAGGUAAAGGAGAUGCUGAAGCAAGUGAAGCAAUGAACGAUAUUCUUGCUCAGGUUCGUAUUUAUAACAUCAAUUUAGUUAUUCAGCUUCAAUUGUUGAACGAUUCCUUUAUUGGUGUAUUUAUAGAUACAAACGCAGUUCAACGUCAUAGAAACAUCAUCCUCGACUGUUUGCGAGAUGGCGAUAUUUCCAUACGACGUCGCGCAUUGGAGCUUUCAUUUGCAUUAAUUAAUGAAUCAAAUGUUAGAGUGUUAACACGUGAGUUAUUGGCCUUCUUGGAAGCUGGAAAUUACGUUCGUGAGGAAAUUUUAUCAAAUUUUAUUCGCCUAAUUGCACAGACGACCGAAUUAAAUGCAUACACAGCCCAAAAAUUGUAUUCGGCAUUGAAAUCUGACAUUUCACAAGAAUCACUAACUUUAGCUGGUGUAUGGGUAAUUGGAGAAUACGGUGAUAUAUUGAUAAAAGGCGGCAACUUUGAAGAAGAAGAACUUGUCAAAGAGGUUACUGAAUCGGAUGUUAUUGAUCUCCUGGAAUUAAUUCUCGCUGGACCUUACGCUAACCAAGUAACCCGGGAAUAUGUUCUUACCGCACUUAUGAAACUGACUUCGCGAUUCACGUCAACAUCGUCCGUUCAGCGUAUCCAAGCUUAUAUUGAAAGAUAUAAUACCAGCAUUGAAGUAGAAAUUCAACAACGUGCUGUUGAAUAUGGCAACUUAUUUAAAGUAGAAACGAUCCGGCCGGCAGUUUUGGAGCGAAUGCCGAUUCCUGAAGUCAAGGAAGAGGUUAUUCGACCAAAUGACAUUGGUGCUAAGAAUUCAAACGGUGGCGUAGAAACACUUGUAGAUUUUGGCGGAAAUGAUUCAACCCAAUCUAAAAAGCAUGCACCUGAAAGCAAUAAAACUACUGUAGACAUUCUGGCUGACAUAUUCGGUAGUGGAUCUGCAGAAACAACUACCCCUACAGCUGUCGUACCACAAGAUGCAAAAAAUGAUAUCAUGAAUCUAUUCACCUCUGAAUCGACAACCACUCCAGUCACACCUGUACAAAAUUCACAACAAACAAAUCCUUUAGAUAGCUUGGGUUUAUUAGGACUUGGAGGAUCCGAAGUUUCAUCUCAACCUUCGACUACAACUACAGAUCAAUACGUAGCGUAUAAUAAAAAUGGAUUUAAAAUUAGUUUAACCCCUUCUAAAGACCCAAGCAACCCUAAUAUUCUCAACAUCGAAGUUACUUUUCACAAUAUCGGUGUAGGUGCAACAGUACAAAACCUUUUAUUCCAGGCGGCCGUUCCAAAGACUCAGAAACUACAAAUGCAACCACCUUCAUCGACAACCAUUUUACCUGGUGCUACAACACAACAAAUAAUUCGUGUUGCCAAUCCUCAAAAGGAAGCUUUGGAAGUCCAGCAAUUUCACGAAAGAAAUUUACUUGACUUAGAAUUAGAAACUGUUAAAAAGGAGUCAUCUCCGAUAUCUAACGAAUGUUCAAGUCAACCUUCAGAAUCAAAAUUAUUGAGUGCUAUUCCGACGUCAAAUAUGAAUACAAAUAAAGAUACUAUAUUAACUUACACGCGUACAAAAUACAUCGGUCGUGGUGGUAGCAGCAAAGUAUAUAAGGUCAUAGAUUCGAAUUCUCAAGUUUUUGCCCUGAAAAAGGUCUCAACUAAGAAGGUGGACGAACAGACUAUUAAAGGCUAUCAAAAUGAAGUUGAGUUAUUGCAAAAGCUAGCUGGAAGAGAUCGUAUAAUAAAAUUAUAUGAUCACGAGGUUGGAACAAUAAAUUACAUGUCACCAGAAGCUAUUCAGGAUUACAAUGCUAAUAAUAAAUCUGAAGGAAAAUUAAUAAAAGUAAGCUGCAUUCUUUAUCAACUAGUUUAUGGUCAUACGCCAUUUGCCCAUCUAAACAUGUAUCAAAAAUUCAAAUGUAUUCCUGACCCCGAUUACGAUAUCGAGUUUCCUCCGACUUCCAGUUUGAUAUACAAUGCUAAUCAAGCACAUUCAGCUGAUGAAAACGAGAUUAACCAAGACGUUCCGGUUGAUGAAAAUUUGCUGAGAAUUAUGAAAAAUUGUUUGCAAAGAAAUCCUAAAGCCCGAGCCACAAUUCCAGAGUUGUUGGCUGAUCCUUUUCUUAGUGGGUCAUAUGUAAAAGUUUAUAAAGAAAAGGAAAUUGGUAAUGUUGUGGCGACUGUUUUGACUGAGCUAAAAGCAGAACGUCGCGCAAUACAGGAGCGUCAAAGGGCCGAGAAAGCUGCGCGGGCUGCUGGAAAUGCUGCAACUCCAUCCAAAAAACCCGCACAUGGAGCUGUUACUAGUACAACCGUAGGAUCUAGCUCUACUACUUCAACUGCGGCAACUGCUCCUUCUGAAACUGCUGGGCCUAUUAAAGCUAUUGACUCUAAACAAAAGAAUUCUCAAACUAAAGAGACUAAAGAAACUAACAACAAGCAAGUUGAUAUGUUUUCUCAUUUGGAAAUUCCGAAAGGUACUAACACGAGCAUGGCUACCAAAGAAAUUCAUCCUGCAAUUUUGGUGCUUGGUUUACAAUUUUCAGAAUUCAAAAUUUGUGGUGCAAAUGCCCGUUGUAUUGCAGCGCUGACAGCUUUUCAGAAAGUUAUUCAGGAUUACAAAACGCCAGAAGGUACAACUCUUUCGCGCCAUUUACCCACUCAUCUUUCCCCCCAAAUUUCUUAUCUGGUAAAUUCUCGCCCAAUGUCUGUUGGAAUGGGUAAUGCGAUCCGGCACCUCAAAUGGGAAAUAUCCACAAUAGAUAUUGAAAUGUCAGAAGAUGAAGCGAAGCAAUUAUUAUGCAAGAAAAUCGAUAACUUUAUUCGUGAUAGUAUAACGGUUGCGGAUCGUGUGAUUGUUGAAUAUGGUUUACAAAAAAUUCAGGAUGAUGACGUAAUAUUAACAUAUGCUAGAUCAUCAGUUGUGCAGGCAUUAUUAUUGGAAGCGCACGCCAAGGGAAUAAGGUUCAAAGUUAUUAUUAUCGAUUCAAGACCAAGACUUGAAGGUAAAAAACUUUUGAAUCGUCUCGUGGAUGCUGGUAUUAACUGCACAUAUGCUUUUCUUCAUGCUGUUGGAUUUGCGAUGAGGGAUGUUUCAAAAGUUUUUUUGGGAGCGCAUGCUUUCAUGUCGAAUGGUGCUCUUUAUUCGCGUGUAGGCACUGCAAUGGUCGCAAUGAUGGCAAAGGAAAAGAACAUUCCAGUUAUUAUUUGCUGUGAGACUUAUAAGUUUACAGAUAAGGUUCAAUUAGAUUCUUUUGUAAUGAAUGAACAAGGUAAUCCUAAUGAUAUGGUGAAUAUUUCUACUACCUUAACUCCAAAGCCUGGGUUGCUGUCUGAGUGGCUAAAUAAGCCAGAUCUGAAACUGUUAAAUUUAUUAUACGAUUUAACACCUUCAAAAUAUAUUACAACCGUUAUAACGGAG